AGAAGGUGAAGUAGUGUGGUUAGAUGCAAAAAAGAUAUUAGAUGAGACUAUGCUCGCAAAAUGUAACGAAAUUAAUGAAACUCCAAUUAAAUAUUGGCCAUCAGUUAUUACUGAAAUAAUAUCACCUCCAGGAAGUGAAAAUUCUGAAAGUGAGUUUUACACAAUAAAAUUAUUAAUAUUACGUGGCCAAAAGGAAGUUGAUAUAAAUUCGAUUCAACCUUGGCUCCUUUAUAGACCUGAAAUUUUGGGUAUACGAAAAGCAUCAAGAAUUUCUUCCGAUAUAGAUUUAGAUAAUCCGGAACCUGAACAAAUUGCUGCUGCUUAUAUUAAAGCUGUGCGUAAAGCACGCGAUAUUGAAACUACUUAUACUCCAAUGUUUCAAUAUGAUUAUCAUCGUCCUGAUGAUUUUCAAGGUCCAGACGAGGCAAAAUCGAAACGUUUCGCUGAAAUGGAAAAAUAUACUCAUUUUAAAGCAAUUUAUUUUGGUGCUGAAAUCUUAUGUGAAGAUGAUAUAGUACGAUUAAUUCCUAAUAAGAAUUCUCGAAAUGAAAAAGGUUCUUUAUUAAAAAGUAGAAAUAUUGAUCGUAGAUUAUAUUUACAAAUUACUAGUAUUUAUAAACAUCCAAAAAAAGGUAUUCAUUUAACAGGUGAUAUGUAUAAUCGUGGAAAUUUAUUAGAAAAUAAUAAAUAUCAGUGGUUUCCAGUGAAUGAGGAUGAUGAAGAGUAUAAUAUAGAUUUAUCUGAAGUUGCUGGACGAUUUUAUUCAAUGUGGCCUGAUCAAACAGAAAUAAUGCCUUGUAAAACUGCAAAUAUAUUAGAAAAAAGGCAAUCAAUGACUGGUGAGGAUGAAUUGACUCUGACUACUGAUUUUUGGUUAUCUCUUAAAUCUGAUGAAAUCAGCUCUGAUGAGUCGACGAGUCAAUCUGAAUUAUCCGAUUUUUCAGAUUCGACGCGACAAACCAGGAAAAGAUCAAUACCUUUUGAUCAUCCACCAGAUGAAUUACCUAAAAAACGCAAGAUUGAAUCUUCUAACCCUGAAAUUAAAUUUGAAACUUCAAACCCUGAAAUCAAAUCUGAAAUUUCAAACCCUGAAAUCAAACUUGAAACUUCAAACCCUGAAAUCAAAUUUGAAACUUCAAUACCAACGUCAUAUAUACCUGAUACUGAGAUUAAUGAUUAUGCUUUAACCAAUAAAGUUACUUCCGAUACUUCCAGUUGUCUUGAUACCAUUUCUCCUAAUACUCCAACCUUUGAAACCGAUGAAGGCGAAACCGAUGGAGACGAAACCGAUGAAUACGAAACCGGUGAAGACGAAACGGAUAACGAAAUAAAAUAUGAAGCUAACCAAAUGAUUUGUCGUUUGCAAGUCGGGUUCCGUGAAUUACCUGUUAAAAAAACUUCUCUCAAUGAUAAUUUACCUUCAUUUCCAGAUAGAUAUCCGGUUUCUCGAAAUUCGGGUUUUUUAAAAGCCUCAAGCUCUUUAUACACGGUACCUCAGUCAAAGUGA